AUGAUACAACCAAUAUAUCGAUCAAGAUUGUUCAAUUCAAUACGAACUAUAUCCACUACUUCAACGACUGCUAUACGACAUGAUCCAUUGAAAAUUGCAUUUUUUGGCAGUGACAAAUUUAGUGUUGCUAGUUUAAGGAAGCUUCUAGAUCUCAAGUCAAGUACAAAUGAAGUUAUAGAGGAUAUUAAAGUCAUUACUAGAACGAUAAAACCAACUGGUCGAUAUAUGAAAAAAUAUGAAGAACUACCCAUCAGUAAAUAUGCACUAGAAAACAAAAUUCCAGUAUUGAGAGCUGACUCAUCACAAGACAUCUUGAAGUUAUUAGACAACAAUACUUUUAAUUUAACUAUAGCAGUAUCAUUUGGAAAACUAAUACCUUCAAAAUUUUUAGAAAGUUGUACUUAUGGUGGCUUAAAUGUUCAUCCUUCAUUAUUACCCAAGUAUUCUGGCUCAUCUCCAAUUCAACAUGCAAUUAUGAAUGAUGAUCAAACCACAGGAGUUACUGUACAAACUUUACAUCCAACUAAGUUUGAUCACGGAAGGAUAAUUUCUCAAUCAGAUGAAGUCCCUAUAUUGAACGACAAUUAUAGAUCAUUGGAAUAUAGACUUGGAGCUGAGGGCGGUGAAUUAUUAAAAACUUGCAUCAAGGACUCACUUUUUGUUGAACCCCAAGGAAUUGAAUCUAGUUUCAAACGUUCUUUUGCUCCUAAAAUUGAUAAAACCAAACGUCAAAUACUAUGGAAUCAAUAUAGCGCUAGACAAAUUGAAAGAUUGAAUGAUGCAUUAGGUCCAUUAUUUACAUUUAUCAAAGUUCAAACUAAAUCAAAAGGCAAAUUGUCUCAAGAAAUUAAAAGAGUCAUAUUAGACCGAGUGAAAGAAACCAAAAACGAAAAUGAGUUGUGGAAUUUGAAUUUGAAACAACCUGGUGAAUUUUACCUUUCAGAGGACAAAUUAUAUAUUAAAGCUAACAAUGGAUAUUUGACUGUUGGGAAACUCAAAUUACAGACUAAACUGGAAGAAACUCCUGUGGAGUUCAUGAAGAAUUACAAAAAAAACAUAGGUAAAAUGCCUCAAAAAUUUGUUGAAACAGAACAAAAUAAGUAA